UUUGGAAACUGCAAAAAUAAACAAAACAACGCACGAAGUUCGUACCCUUCGUAACUAUUAUUAGUGUGAAAAGCGUUUAGUAAAUACUAGUAAUUUUUAAUUAAAAGCCAUGUCAAAAACGCUAGCAAGAAAAGCUCUAGCUUUGGCAGAAGAGGGACUAGAAUUAUCAAGCAAGAAGAAAUCCGUACAAUCAAGUAAUUCAAAAGAUAGUGAUUUAACGACACUACAUAAAAAACCUAUUAAACAUGGUGAUAAGUGGAAGUCCAAACCAAAACGUGUCGAAAGGUUAACCGUUGUGGAAGCGCGUAAGCAACUACGAAAUGUUAAAGACAGCACAGACGAAAAUAUUAAAAAAUUGUUGCUCUUGAGCUCGGCAAAUAUUGGACAUCAGGCAACUGGCAAGCUGGUUAAACGUGCACAGACCGGCCGGUACGUUGUUAAGGCGAAAGAACUUGUUCCGAAAAAGAAUAAAAAAGAAAGUGUAUUCAGCGAAGAAGAUUUUGCUAAAUUCGAAGAGGAAUUGAAAAAGUUAGGAUAAGCAUAAUAAUAAUUCUUUGUAUAAAAUUUCAAAC